UCGACCCAACACACGAGGAAAUGUGGGACUAUGAAGGCUGACUGUUACAUAACUUAAAAGACUUCGAAUCUGGACGGAGAUAAUAUUUAGUCAACACUAACCUUUCAAAGUAAUUGAAACAAGCACUUGCAGCGUUUCAGUAGGCGCGUUUCAUCUCGCUUCAGACAUGUCUCUGUUUCUUGUGAAUAGGUAUCUUGGAGUGGAGGAAGAUGGGAGCAUCUCAAAAGAAUCUCAGUCUCAGGUGUUGCUUGCUAAACUGCAGCAGAAGGCUAAAGAGAAGCAGAAACAAAGUUUGACAGAACAGAGACCAGACCUGUUUGAGGAGCAGACACUACAGCUGGUUGACAAAAAGAAAAGAAGAGCUGACAAGGACAGCAUUCAGGAGCCUCAACACAACAAAAAGAGGAAUUCAGAAGUAGCUCCUUUGUGUGAGUUGAGCUCUGCAAACCAUGAUGAGCCUGUCAAAGAGAAAAUUAAUAAGAAAGGUGUGAAUGUGAGACCGAAAAAGAAAAAAAAGAAUCCUACAGACAAUUCACCUCAAUGUCCGUCAGAGCCUCCUGUGACUGGAAGAGAUGAACCAGAGGACAGUGAAGCAGCAGAGGCAGACAAUUACCUAUUAAAGCAAACCACAGAGCUGUCAUCCACUCCAAUUGGAUUCACAGUCGUGGGAGGAUUUGAAAACAAGCCUUUCCAAAAGAUACAAAGGGUCCUGCCACAGUGGCUUGCUCAGCCUGAUGUGAUUCACAGAGACAUCAAAAACAACCAGGUCCCCAUCUCUGACAUCUCCCAGCUGUGUGCGCCACUUGUGAAAAAACUACAGAAUAAUGGAAUUCAGCACUUCUUUCCUGUGCAAGCAGAGGUUAUUCCUGCCAUCUUGGAGAGCAUGCAGCUAGGGCUGCUUAUCGGACGCGGUGGCUACAAGCCAAGAGAUAUCUGUGUGUCUGCACCUACAGGCAGUGGCAAGACUCUUGCAUUUGUGAUACCUGUCAUUCAGAUGUUGAUGGAGCGGGUGGUGUGUGAAGUCCGGGCUUUAGCUGUGUUGCCAACCAAAGAGCUUGCUCAGCAGGUUUGCAAAGUGUUCACAUCAUAUGCUGAGGGAACAACUCUGAAAGUGGUGAUGCUAGCUGGUCAGAGGUCCUUUUCUGCAGAGCAGGCUUCACUCUCUGAACAAAGGGGAGGCAUAAGACGCAGUUUAGUGGACAUUGUUGUGGCCACUCCAGGUCGACUGGUUGAUCACAUCAACAAGAAUUCAGGCUUAUGUCUGAAACAUCUGAGGUUUCUUAUAAUUGAUGAGGCUGAUAGGAUGAUUGAAAGCAUGCACCAGUCUUGGCUCAAUCAUGUGGUGAGGGCAGUGUUCAGAUCAGGAAGUGAACAAAGAGCAAUGUCCGUCUUCAGGAGAACUGAACCUGCAUACAUCACAGCAGCCAGUCUGUCUCCACCUCAGAUGCCACUACAGAAGCUGCUGUUUUCUGCCACACUCACACAAAACCCAGAAAAGCUUCAGCAGCUGGGCCUCCACCAGCCCAGACUCUUUAGCUCCCUCCACAGAUGCAGCAACAUCACCACACCUGCAGUCCCCACCCACAAACAAGAGCGGUUUGACUUUCCCCAAGGCCUGACGGAGCACUAUGUUCCCUGUACAUUAAGCAGCAAACCCCUCCUCAUCCUUCACUUCCUCCUACGAAUGAAGCUCAGCCCCAUCCUCUGCUUCACCAAUUCCAGAGAGACUGCACACAGACUGUUCCUCCUAGUACAGCUCUUUGGUGGAAUUAAUGCUGCCGAGUUCUCCUCACGCCUGUCACCUGGAGAGAGAAAGAAGAAGCUGAAAGAAUUUGAACAAGGAAAAAUCCAACUGUUGGUCUGCACCGAUGCAGCUGCCAGAGGAAUUGACAUUAACAGAGUCAAAUGUGUUGUGAAUUACGAUGCACCACAAUACAUCAGGACAUACAUUCACAGGAUUGGAAGAACAGCAAGAGCAGGAAAAACAGGCCUGGCCUUCACCCUUCUACUCCGAGUUCAGGAGAAAAGCUUCCUUCAGAUGGUGAUGGAAGCAGGAAGUCCUGGGAUUCAAAAGCAGAUUGUUAAACCUGAGAACCUCCAGAGUAUGGAACCCCGAUAUGAACAAACACUGCAGGAGUUGGCUAUGGUUAUUAAGGAUGAGAGAGCCACAUAAUGGAUCAACACCAACAUUUCCUGCUGUUAACAUCUGCCCCUUACCAUGCAUUUUAUCUGCUGUUGGUUGUUACUAAUGUUUAAUAAAACUGAAGUUUGUAUGGUGCAGUGUUAAUUUCGUUGACGAUAACGAAAAAUAUUCGUUAACGCCCCUUUUCCCAUGACUAAGACGAGACGAAGACGAAACGAAAACGGAUCUUUGAAAAUAAAAACUAUGACGAAAUCUAUUUUAAUUUUCGUUAACGAGACGAGACGAAACGAUAAUGUUGGCGGUUGACUAAGUCACAACAAUUUUUAAAAACAUAAUCGUAUCCGGCCGUCAUGAAGUACCUGGAGCGGCGAGUGUGUGUGUCUGUGUGUGUGUGCUCCGGUCCCGCGGCUCCGCCCCCGCUUACUCGCUCAGAGAGACACAGUGAGAUCAAAGCUCGUUCACUUGAAGCAGGCCGGUCACUGACUCACCGGCUGCUUCUUAACUAUGGAAACAGUGAAAACACAGAGUUUCUCUGGUCUCAGCUGCUCUGAGAUCAGCGCCGCAGCUUCUGGAUCAGAGCAAAAGCUGCAGUUGGUUUCUACCGAGCUGCAGUUUCACUGUCCGCCUCCAGUCUGAUCUGCUUUCACUUUUUUUUUUCACAUUUCGCCAACUAAAAUAUGUAGGCUGCAGCUAUAUGUUUUUAUUUAUUUCAAAAUAGGGUACUUCUUAUUUCAUACAUUUCCCACAAAUAUGGGGAUGACUCAAAUAACCCUACAUAGUUCAGCGUUUAAUUUAUUUCAAAGUAGGCCUACACUUGCCUGUGUAUUUUCUUCUCCUCUUCAUAAUCAUUUGGUGUUUCCCUUUGUUGUAACAGGUCAAAAUAAAUAAAAUGUCAACAGUU